AUGCCCGCGUCUUUGGUAUUACCACGUAUUAAGCCUAAAAUGAGAUCGAAACCAGCACUCGUGGGCACUCGGCGACGAUCACGUAGAAACAAAACAAAGCACAGCAAAUUUGGCGUCACAGAACCCAACGCCGCCAUUAGAAAAAUCCUCGAGUGCGAGCGGUCAAGUGUCCUGACUUCUCUGCCCAAGGUUCAAUUAGCAGACGAUGGAAGGAAAAGGAGCAACAACCUGCUCCCACCUCUCGACUCGGAGCCCAGUUUCCAACGCUCCCCUCGAAAAGGCGUCGUGGUACAGGGUUUCUCUGAAGAGAGCGCUGAGAAAAGGUAUAAGAAAAUCAGCGUGGAACUUGACAGGAAAAUCGUCUCCCAUUUACGACGGUGUCUGAGCAAACGACUAGAUAAACGUUAUGGACCGUGGGAGAAACCCAGCCUAGAAGAAGAUGAUGACAACACGUCACAGUUAUAUAGAAGCAGGAAUAACUGGAAAGAAUCUGACCACAGAAAACGAUUCUUUUCUUCAUACAACGAAUUUGGUGAGAAAAUAAAUGUCAACGGUGAAAUGACAGUCACGAAAUCACCAACGCUUUCAAACGACCAGUCGUCCGGUGUUGAAAACGGCUACAAUAGUGACAACAACGACAACGCCACCUCACUUCCCACCAUCGGCACUCCAGCUCAGAAACCGAAACGCGUUUCACUCCAGGAGCCAGUACAAAACGGUUUAACAGAGGACGAAAUAAACAGAAACGAAUUAGACCCGGAAAACAACGGAGAUGUGGAAGACCCGAUAGCAGAAGAGUUACUGAUCAGUCCAAUUCCAACUCCCGUCGUUUACAGACCGGAAACACGCGAAAGUGAACGAAUGAGCACCGAAGAUAGACGAACACAGAUGCUGCAGGGAUUUGUCCACAGAAUGUGUCCCCCGGAUGAAAAAGUGGUGAAGAUGUACUUAACUUCAGGAUUCGUAGAUACCCAGGUAGAACGGACAGUGCUGAUGGAGCGAGUUUUUCUCCCUUUAAGAGAAUACUGCCUCAGUCACGGUCACGAGUUACAGGUGUUUGACUUGCACUGGCCAAUGAAAGACUCGGUCUCUGACGACCAUGGCAUUCCGGAACUCUGCAAGAAGAUCAUCAACGAGUGUCAUUCCAAUUCCAUGGGAAUUAAUUUUCUGUUGCUUCUUGGUGAAAAAUACGGACCUUACCUUCUUCCGCCUGCAAUACCAGCCGAAGAAUUCGACACGAUAGUGGAAGCAGCAAAAAUCUACAAACAAUGUCAUCUUGCCAUACUGAAAACCAAGAUGCAAGACAUAGAGAGCAUCCGAUUUGAACGCGAAACCGCGAGGAAGAAUCUCACCCUGGAAGUGGACUCUGAACUUACGGCGACACAGACGACUCUUGAAGUCCCUAGACGUGACAGCAUCCGGAAGCAAAGCCUGGAACACGAGACGAAGGAGCCCGCGAGUUUGCCCGACGAGAACAGGUACAGGCGCCGUGCGAGCAUCGCUCGGAAAGAGGGCAAGUCCAUGAAGGCGCUCAAGGACGAGGAGGAGGAACUGCCAGACACAGACCUACUGGAGCAGUGGUACCUCAAGGACGAGAACUCUGUUCCCGCGGUCUAUCGUCUGCAGAAAAUUAGCACUCUAUUCAAGGACAUCAACAAAGCAGACCGCUCCAAAAGUUCUGCCGCCAAGUAUAGCUGGGCGGUCAUUUCGAGAAAACUACUGAAAAUAUUCCAAGACUUUGGAUCUCGUCUCGUCAGCCAAGAAGCCCAAAAGAAAUAUUUUCAGUCAUUGCUUGAAGUGGAACUAGAACACAUUUUAGGGGAUCCCGACACAACUCACACACUGUGCAUACUGCGGACCAUGGCUGGGCUUAAUCGGCGUUUAGGGGAUCAAAAGGCAGCGGAAUAUGUCGACGUUCACCCGAAAAACACUGACCAGCUCGAUUCAGAAAUGAAUAAACGUAUGGAGCAUCUUCGUGGUGAUUUUACUCAAAGCAAGCUACGGGAAAACUACAUCCAUAAUUUCCAAAUAACGUGGCUCGAAGGUGGCGUUGUUACAUCCGGAAAUAGGGAGCACUUCGUGUACUUGGAGCGCAUGUGCAAAACGGUGUACGACUCCAUCCAGCGGCAGUUAAAGGAAGCGUUUGAAAACGAUCGCGCGGACAAGCAGAGGAAGUUGUGUGAAGAGGUCUCACAACACGUUAUGGUCUGUCAUGCUAGGGCCAGGCAGUUUCAUGGUCGUAAAGACAUUCUGCAGCAAAUAAAAUCUUACAUCCGAUCACAUUCUACAUCUCCAUUAGUGAUCUAUGGGAAACCAGGAAGUGGAAAGUCGGCCAUUUUGUCUAAAGUCGCUAAAGAUAUUCAGAAAUGGAAGAAAGGGGAGGACGUUCGAGUUGUCGUGAGAUCAGUCGGGGUGACGGCAGCGUCCACCAACGUGCGUACUUUACUGAGAGACAUGUGCCGCCAGUUGUGUGAAAUCUCAGGAUGCAAUUAUUUGAACAUACCAAUGGAUUACAAGGGUCUGGUGAACUACUUUGCUUUUAGAAUUAACCACACUGCUGAGGAGAAGCCGUUAGUGAUUAUCAUUGAUGCUCUGGAUCGAAUCACUGAUGAUCACGAGGGACGAAAACUGACCUGGCUUCCUACAGACUUACCUAAACAUGUCCAUCUCGUUGUUUCCACUCUUCCCGACGAGCGAUACGACUGCUUCAAUGCUCUCCAGAAAUCCCUUGAAGGAAAGGACGACUGCUUCAUCGAGGUCAGAGAUCUUCCCACGGGUGAUGCCAUGGCGAUCCUAUCUCACUGGCUGAACACUGGGGACCGACAGCUGACCCAGGAGCAGUUCGAUAUUCUCAUGGACACAUUUCAGAAAUGUCCAAAUCCACUUUUCAUGAAGCUGGCAUACAAGGAAACGUUGCUGUGGACUUCGUACAUGACCAAGGAUCAGACCAAGUUAGCGGACAGUGUGAAGAAGAUGGCUACUGUGAAAUUUGGAAGACUGGAACGUGAUUGCGGGGACUCGUUGGUGAGGAGGGCUUUAGGGUACAUCACAGCUGCUCGCAAUGGUGUGACCAGCAGUGAAAUGGAAGACCUGCUGUCGCUGGAUGAUGCUGUGAUGGAUGACGUCAAUACAUUGUACGCUCCUCCAAUGCGGCGGAUACCAAGUCUGCUUUGGAUUAGGGUAAAAGAUGAGUUAUCAGACUACUUGACUGAGGUCCUGGCAGACAACAUGAAAACCAUCGUCUGGUCGCACAGUCAGUUCAGGGAGGCUGCUGAAGAAAGAUACAUGAACCAAAGAGACAAAGCACCGUCCUACCACAAGGCAAUGGCGGAAUAUUUCAUGGGUAUAUGGGCAGACAAACCAAAACCAUACGGUUCCAGUGAAAGGGGAGCACUGAGGUUAGUGGCGAAGCAAGAACUGUAUAGUGAACAAGAGGAUUCUAAGCACGAUGGAUCUGACAGAGUCUACAAUCUCCGCAAAAUCAACGAGCUGCCUCAUCACUUGUUGAGAUCACAGCAGAAUGACCUCCUCAAGUCUCAAACACUGUGCAAUUUCGAAUGGGUUCUGUCCAAACUGUCUGGAACUGGCUUGCGUGCACUGUUAGAAGAGUACCACAUAGUACUGUCAUUAGAACCAGGAGACGUGGAACUGAAGACAAUAUCCGACACCCUGUAUCUUUCAGGUAGUGCUUUGUUCAAAGAUCCCCGACAGCUGGCCUCACAAGUUAUAGGCCGACUGAAUGGUAUCAUUGCAAGAGAUGUUCCCAAAACAGCUGCAGAUCCCAGGAAGUAUCCGACUCUUCAUGCGUUUGUUGAUCAAGCUAGAAAUUCCUCUUUGCCAUCCCUGAUACCUUCAGUUGAAUGUCUGACUGAGCCUGGGGGAAUUUUAUUUGACUUGUUGUCUGGACACACUGACCCUAUUACUGCCCUGACGCCUACCACAGAUGGUAUGAUGGCCCUAACUACCUCUCUUGACAACACAAUGAAACUCUGGGAUAUACGGACAGGACGCGUCCGAAAAACAAUUGAUGGUGUUGGCAUCAACGUGUCCUUCAUCAGAACAGCGAAAAAUAAUACACUGGCAAUAACGACAGAGGGAACAAUGAUCAGGAUUUGGAGUGUAAAGACUGGGAGCUGUGUUCACGUGAUUGACGACUAUGUUGACCCUGCUAACAUCACAGUUGUGAGUGACGGCCGACUGCUGGUCGCACUGUUUGAUGGCUCCUAUAUGUUCUGUUCGUGGGAGCUGGACACCUUUACGCAACUCUGUGAUAAGCAGAUUCCUGAAGUGGGAAUUCACAAGGAUAAGUCGAUUGUUGUGUCGGAUGGAAGUCCUGGCGAUCAUGUCCUCUACGCGUUCAGAGCAUCCAACUCUGCUUUCGUACAAAGUGGAAGGUCUGGAAAAGUGCAACACAAUUUAAAGUGUCAUGACAAGUCUUCGUCCAUUGUCGCUUUGGGCUAUGCAAGGGACUACUAUAUCCUUUGCUGCAGGCAGUAUUACAUGAGCUUGCAUGAGAUCCACCAGCUCGAACUAUUUGAUGUGAAAAAAGGCAAGUAUCUGAGAAGUGUUCGUGGAUGUGUCAAUGACAACAUAUCAGCACUGUCCAUCAAUUUGAUGGGCUCGCACGCAAUAGCAGUGUGUGCUUCAGAGAAAGCGAACAUGUCGGAUAUAGCAGUGUGGAACUUGGAAACGGAAGAUCACAAACAUCUUGGACGCCAUCCCGGUGUUUCCACUAUGGGUGCCUGUGUGGAUUUCAGGUUCUGUCUGACAGCAGCUAAAGGUGACAAAACGAUGAGGAUCUGGAACCUGACUAAUAAGAUUAACUUACCAGCGCCCAAACUAAAGAAAUCUUUAGGAGUCAUUGAAAUUCUGCCCAUGGUGAGUAACCCACAGUACAUCGUGGCAAAGGCUUUAAACAACGGUCCAAUCAGUGUCUGGAACAUCGCUAAAGCAAAGUGUCUGCAAAGCGCUGUGAGAAUCGAACGAGGUCUCACGGAGUCUUCCGAUGUACUUCUGAUGAGGAACACCCGGCUGGUGAUUUUAACAGACAGGGGUUUCACCACGGUGGGCGACGAGUCAAGACCUGUUUUCCAGACUGUCCUAAUCUACAACCUACGAACGAAGCGCUACGAGAAGAAACUGACCGACUGCUACAUCGUCCCAGCACCUUCUCGCGAAUACCUUGUCAUCGACGACGACCACCUGAUGGGGCCGUCUGACAACAGGACGCACUUCAUAAUCUGGAGUCUGAUCACGGGGCACGUCGUGCACAGGAUACGCACAAACUUCAAGAAGUUAGACCAAAAGAAAAACGCUCCAUCUGUGUUUGAAUUUUCAAAAUUAGCGAGAGGAACAACGGCAGCCAUGACGCCCUGGGAUCGCAGAGCGGAAACCCGAUCGGCCCGACAGAGGCGUCAUCAGAAAGAAACGGAAGAGGAGCAGAAACGUCUGGAUGAUAUUCGGAAAGAAAAGGAUAAUGGAAUAGAACAGUUCAUCGUGAGCGGCGACGAGCAGGUCAUAGUGGCGUCGUACUACGCUCACCACAUGUGCGUGUUCAACAUCACAGAGCACAAACACACGCAGACGCUGGAGAGCUACACAUCCAUGAUGCUGCUACACGCGUCUGCACUCACGUACGACGGGGGCCAUCUGGUGCACGCCAACUACGACGAGGACUGCAAAAUCAGUUACGUGACGCUGUGGGAUUGCUCCACCGGCCAAAUUAAAAAGAGGUUGAAAAGGGAGGCUGAUGUAUGCGCACUGGGCAUCACGGACGACGCAGAGCGAAUUGUCAUUGGAAAGAGUCCAAAUGAGCUGCACAUCUGGGAUCCAAUGAGAGCCAGUUCUUUAAGGAAAAUAAAAGGCUACUCGGGACUGGAGUUUGGGAUUGGAAGCAAGAUCUUCAUUGGAGAGAAUGGAACACAGGCUGUUGUGUUUGCUGGUGACAUCUCGGUUUGGGACAUCGAAAAGCUGACGGUUCUGGCUGUGUUCACGCCCGACACGAGAAUAAUGUCCUGUCACGUAGCGCUCAAUGGACGGUUGAUUGCGUUUGGCUUGUAUGAGAAAACUGAUGUCAUCUGUUUGAAACUCACGGGUAACGCUCAAAACCUGGCCAGCAUCGAGGGACUCCCAGACGACCUGUUUGACGAGAAACCAGAAUCGUCGGACGAGGAGGAGGCGGAGGAGGAAGAAGAGGCAGAAGAUUCCAAGUCGAAGAAGUCUGGAAAGACACGAUAGUCCUUAUAACCUUCUGAUGACAUUCAGAAAGUGGGGAAAAGAAAAAUACUUUGGGCAGGCGUGGAUUUAGGUGGGGCCUAAGAAUCGCGGGUCCUCCCUGUUUAUGUUCAAGUAAUUAAGUUUUCCUCUGUAUUAAGUGAGAAGUCUGUGCGAAAUCUUACAUUAAUGUUAUAAACCCUCUGUAAAACAAAGUAUAGCUCCGCGUCUGUACUAAGGGUUGUUCCAGAAUGAUCAUAUGGAAGGCAAUUAAUUUAUAUAUGCACCUCCUCACGAUCUAGAAAUUAUAAUACAAACCAUGUGUGUAUAAGAGAAAUGAUACGACAAUUCUUCCAGGCAAACAAUACUAAUUGCGAUACCCUCUCCCCAGCCCCUCCCUGCAUGUGAUUAACUAUGUAACCACCCUAACAGUUUUGAUUUGAGAGUGAUUAAUUAGUUGUACAUGUUUUUUUGUUUUUUGCACUGUGCGCAUUGCAUACUGGCUCGCCUUCUACGAUCAAAACCACAAAUCUGAUUCCUCAUAUUAUGCUAGUCCUUCCUCGUGUCAUCAGAGAUGAAUUCUUGUAUGUGUUGUGCUAGUCUCAGACUAUCAACUGCCACGACGGAGUUGGCCAACUCGACAGUUGCGUUGUAAUUUUCCCUCCCACUCCCAACUUAAAGGGUGCGCUCAGAUUAACAGUCAAUCGAUCGACGAGAAUUGAGUGGUAAGAGUGCUUAGUUAGCAAUUGGAUUGUCGUAAAGUCGUGAGAUAGGCGAGCUGGCCAACCCCGUCGUGACAAUUAGUAGUCUGGGACUAGCAUUAAGAUAGCAACCAAACCUGUUGGCGUUAAAACAACGAUCCAUCCAAUCGAGAACGAAUAUAGCUGUAAUUUUAAAAAAUGUAUUUGAUAACUUAUCCCAUCUAGUGCCCCACCACUGGUAUAUCAAAGGCCAUAGAAUGUGCUGUCCUGUCUAUAGGAAAGUGCAUGUAAAAGAUUCCUUGCUACUAAUAGAAAAAUGUAGCGGGUUUCAUCUAAAGACUACGUGUCGGAAUUAUCAAGUGCUUUCGAUGUCGUUAAACAAAAAUAAAUUUUACUUCAAUACGCAUGAAAGCACCGCUAUUCUUUAAAAAUGCGAAAUACUGUUGCUCGUGAUAAAUCUAUAAAUUGUAACUUUGGAUAUCCGCUCCCCCUCCUCUGUAGCAUAUCAUUCAUGUCUCACUGGCAGAUAUCUAAUUAUUAGUACACUUCAAAAAAUGUAGGGGAACUCUAAUGAAUUUACAAUUGCCAAAAUUGUGAGGUAUAUUAGCUGUAGGGAAUGGUUAUAUGAUAAUAGUUAAUUAAUUGGGCAAACAUUACAACUGGUAGUUCAGUA